CUGCUUCUUUGAGCCAUAACAAUUGGCGACGGGGUAAAAAAAAAGAACAAUCCAAAGUCAGCCUUCAGCAUCCAGAUUUGUCAUCAGUGUCAUUCAGAAACAUUGGUCAUUAAUCAAACAGUAAUUUACAUUACCGGUGCUGAAUAAAAAAAAUGACUCUCCCUUCCGAUCGAGUACAGCUGCUAUUUGAAAGACAGUUGGAGUUUUUAGUCAAAUUACGCACACAGCUGUUAAAUCACUCAUGCUUUGGAGAUGCAACGGAAGUGGAUGGAUUGAUCUCUCAACUGCACACAGAGCUGAAAAAUGCUUGCAGCCCCAAUGAAUCCCCGAUAAACCGUAUCUCAAACGGUACAACAGUCACUCAAGAUUCGCCCAGUGGUCCAGUCCUCUCCAUUCCAGAAACAUGCCCGGUAAUGGACUCAAACUCCAUUAUCCCCAAAACAGCAUGUGCAGACGGUGACUUAUCCAGCUCACAAACACACUCCCUGGUAAAUACUCAUAGAAUUGUCGCAAUAACCACCCAUGAAACAAAAAACAAAUCGAGCAGUACACUGAAUACAACUGCUUCAAAUGGUUCUCAUCAGUCUGCGACAGAUGUUUUUGACAAAUCUUAUUAUCAAGAUUCUCUCUUACCAGAAAAUAUGUCAGAUGCAUCAAAUGAUGAUCAAAAACUUAAUACAAUUUUGAUAGAUGCUAAUUACCUUGAUGAUCGAUUAUCUACAAAUAAGAUUCCAAAUAAAUUUGGUCACAAUAUUUCAGAAGAAUUAAACUUCGAACACCUCACAUCAAGUGUUGUUCAGCCUCAAGACUUAGUCACUUUCAGUCAAUUCUCUGUUCAGUGCGAUAAAUAUGUCUUAAAUAAAUUCAAGUUAAUUAUAACGUGGGCAUAUGAGGAUCCAACACUGUUUCGUGGAGGAGGAUGGACCUGGAAAACUUAAAAUCCGGAUAUCAACUCCGGAUCUUCUAAAAAGGGGAGGAGUGUUGGGGACGAUAGAUCCCCAAACUCAUAUUUUGAAUUUUAUCGCAUCGUUCAACUUAUUGAUUAAACGUUUAAAUAUUUGUAUUGGAGUCAAUUGAUGAACUAUCGAUUAAAUGCGCAAAUAGGUCAAUUAAUGAACUCAUUGAUUAAUGUUUAAAAUUUCCUAUGACAAUAUCGAUUGUAAAUAAUUGUAUAAAUACGCUUGACUUGUAUGCUUGAUCUGAUCUGCCUGCCUGACUUGUUAUCUGCUGUUUGUCUGUAGAAUACACUUUCUACACCUUACCCAGACUUCUUGAUCGAGUUAGCUGAGUCGGGGACAACGAACCAGAAUAGCUAUCGAGUCGCUGAAUCAUUGAUCCUUCGUUCGUUCGAGUAAGACGC